AUGGACGAAUAUUCGAGAGAACCCUGUCCGUGGCGUAUUUUAGACGACGCUGGUGGUGCAUUUUUGAUGGGCGCAAUAGGCGGUGGUAUCUUUCACUCAAUAAAGGGAUUCAGAAAUGCUCCAACUGGAUUUAGUAGAAAAAUGCUUGGUAGUUUGGCAGCUAUGAAGGAGCGGUCACCAAUAGUAGGUGGUAAUUUUGCGGUAUGGGGCGGCAUGUUUUCAACAAUUGAUUGCUCUCUGGUGUACUUACGACAAAAAGAAGAUCCCUGGAACUCUAUCAUGAGUGGAGCAUUAACUGGCGGGAUCCUCGCGGCUAGAAAUGGUGUUCCAGCUAUGGCAGGUAGUGCACUAGUAGGGGGCAUUCUAUUAGCAUUAAUAGAAGGCAUAGGUAUAAUGUUCACCAGAAUAUCAUCGGAGCAGUUCAAACCUCAGCAACCAAUAUUUGAAGACCCCUCAGUUUUAGGCCAGAGUCAAUCGCCCGGCCAAAGUUUUCAAUAG